AUGGUAUGGCUAGCAGGACUGUGCAGCUGGACAGCAACGCUAAUGUCUCUGUGGGCGGUCUGGUCCCACUGCAAACACUACAGCCAGCCGAACCUGCAGCGGUGGGUUGUGCGGAUAAUCGUCAUGGUGCCCGUGUAUGCACUGACGGCAUGGGGGAGCCUGAUAUCCGUCGAGUCGGCAUACUACCUGGACGCGCUGCGCGACGUGUAUGAGGCCUUUGUGAUAUACUGUUUUGUGAGCCUGUUGAUAUCGUACUUUGGCGGCGAGCGGGCGUUCCUGCUGGUGAUGCAUGACAGCGACCCGACGCCGCUGUUCUGGCCAGCGUCGCUGGUGCGGCGGGACCUAGACCUGAGCGACCCGUACGACUACUUGUUUCUGAAGCGGGGCAUUCUACAGUAUGUGGUGGUGAAGCCGAUCCUGGCAGCGGCGACAAUGUUGAUGCGGUCGACGGGCGUGUACCGCGAGGGCAGCUGGGGGCUGGCGAGCGGGUACAUGUGGACGCAGCUGGUGUACAAUGCGAGUGUGUCGCUAUCGCUGUACUGCCUGGUGGUGUUCUACAUGGCGACCAAGGACCACCUGGCGCAGUGGACGCCGCUGCCCAAGUUUCUGUGCAUCAAGGCAAUCGUGUUUUUCUCGUACUGGCAGGGGCUUGGCAUAUCGAUCCUGGUGGCACUAGGGCUGAUUCACGACACACCCGAGCUGUCGGCUGACCACAUCGCAACGUUUCUGCAGAGCUGGCUGAUCUGCCUGGAGAUGGUGGGCGGCGCGCUGGGUCACUGGCUGUCGUUCUCGUACCACGACUAUGUGCCGGUGUUCCACCUGGCCGGGCGCGUGCGCCUAUUCCACGCUGUGCGCGAUGCGCUGGGCCUGAAGGACGUGUUUGUGGAUGCCAAGAGCGCCUGGUCGGGACACCAGUACACAUACCGGUACUUUGACCCGAUUUCAACUGCUGCCAUCCAUGGCGGCAAUUCGUCGUCGUCGGGGGGCGCGAUCAAGGAGCGGCGGCUACGGGCUGGCAUGCGGUAUACGCAGGGCGGCAAAAAGACGUACUGGCUGCCGAGCCGCCGCGUGCAGCGUGCAGCUAUGAGACAGCCGGACGAGCGCACGCGCUUGGUGUCUGGGCCGCCACCGGCGGGCGCCGACCUGGCGGUGCUAUCGAUGGAUCUGGGUGAGCGCGAGAUGUUGAGCGACGACGCAUUGUACAAUGAUGCACGGACGGUCGAAGGCGAUUUUAACUACCCAGUGGUUGAGGUCGGCGUGGCCUUUGGGUUCAGCCGCAGAAGACCGUAUGGCCACACGAUCUCUCAUCGUCGGAGCUCGGAGGCCGGCCGGCCGGCUGUACAGAGCGAGACGUUUGCGGUGCCGGUGUCGGGAUAUGGUGCCUUUGCAUAA